AUGGAGGUUUACCCCUUACGAUUAGUCAAGACAGCGAUUGUCAUCAACCUGAUCCUGUUCUUUGUAACAGCACGAGGACAGGAGGUCAAGUCAAGUUUAUCGUGGAAUGAGUGGUCGUCAUGGUCCAAGUGUUCCAAGACGUGCAACCAGGGUAUUCAGAACCGGAACAGGAAGUGUCUUAAUGAACAAGGGGAGACGAGUCUGAACCCAAGCUACUGUACCGGUCGUGGAGUGGAGUACCGACGGUGUGAGUUACAGAAAUGUGAGGGAAAGCAGGUUGAGGACCGGACAGCACAGUGUCGUAGGUACAGCAAUCAUUUAGUGAGAGGACGGCGCUACCAGUGGGACAAGUAUAUCAAUCCCCAGAACAAAUGUGAGCUGUCCUGUCGUGCAAUAUACUACAACUUCCACCACAAGUUUGCAGACCGUGUGGAGGAUGGCACCUCGUGUGGAACUGAUGAUUCCUCUGACGAAGUUUGUGUCCAGGGCCAUUGUCUGAAGGUGGGUUGUGAUGGGGUGUUGGGCUCAGGGCUGGAGCGUGAUGGAUGUGGUGUGUGUAAUGGAGACAAUACUUCCUGUCAGAUCAUUUCUGCGAUAUUUACACGGACACACCUUCCCAAUGGAUACAACUUGAUAGUGCAGAUCCCAGCAGGUGCUUGUAACAUCAGUAUUACAGAGAUGGGCAGAAGUAGGAACUACUUAGCUCUGAAAGAAACCAAUGGAAGAAACAUCAUAAACGGAGGCAUGCGACUCAGUACUCCAGGUGAAUACAGGAGCUCAGGUACAACCUUUACCUACAGUGCCUAUCAAAGUCGAGGUUGUCCAGGCCAGUGUAUCAGUGCCCCAGGUCCAACAGACCAGUCAGUUGAUGUACAGCUCCUGUAUUAUCGAUGGAACCCAGGAAUUAAGUACCAGUUCACUAUUCCCUCUCAUUUAAUGGACAAGUACCUUGCAGCCAUUAACAAUAAGGGUACCAAUCGUAGAAAACAACACAGUGGUCACCAUAGAAACCAAAGUAACCAUGGCAACCAGAGAAACAUUAGGGUCCUGGAGAAUCCUGUUUACCGAGCAAACCAUGACACUUCUGGAAAUCAGAAUCUUGCCUUGGAAACAAGCAAUGGCCGGGCCAAAGGGACCAACCCUAGAAGUGACAAUAAUCCAGUGCAGACCAGAGAUAGGUCUUACCAGUUCAAUCAAUAUGGUCCAGAUUACCAUAGGACUCCAGUAACUAGUGGUCAGUUUGACCCCUUUGACCCUGCUUAUCGACAGCAGUUGUCACAGACAGUGGGUCAACAAUCAGGCAACUACCAACCAAGAAAUGGUUGGGCCUAUGUUGGUGACACUAUCAGUAAUGAGGUUGUUCCCAAACUUUCUGCCCAGAAUAUUCCUGACAGUGUGAACUACUACUGGAGGAUAGCUGGCUUCACUAACUGUACCGAACCCUGUGGCAAAGGAAAGCAACAAACCAAAGUUGUGUGCAUGAAAAGAAACACCAAUGUCAUUGUGACGAUUGACAAUUGUGACCCCAACCUUCGUCCAGCCACCCAGACUAUUGCUUGCAACACGAACAUCUGUCCACCAGCUUGGAACACUCAGAACUGGACAGACUGCAGUGUGACAUGUGGGGAGGGCAUGCAGACAAGGGAAGUUGUGUGUAGACAGCGCGUGUCUGAUACUCAAAUCAUCAGGGUGGCUGCCUCCCGUUGUGGGGAUGUGGAGAGGCCACAAUCAGCUCGAAGCUGUAAGGCCCCAGCAUGUGCUUCCUGGAAGGCUGAGGACUGGGGAAAGUGUUCAACCAACUGUGGGCGUGGCGAGAGGGUGCGGAAGGUGUACUGUGAAAGUAUUGAGGGGGGCGAGGCAAUGGAGAAUAUUUGUAAUGGUAUCCGGCCAGAAAAUGUUAGCACAUGUGACAUGGGUACAUGUGCCAAAGGAUGGUUCCACACCAGGUGGUCCAAAGAAUGCUCAACUGAUUGUGGUAAAGGCUACCUCUAUCGUAAGGUUUACUGCUCUGCUGAGGAUGGUACUCCAUUAGACGAAAUCAAAUGUGCUGGUACACGACCACGCGAGAGAAAGAGGUGUAAAAACAAAAAACCAUGCGGAGGGAGUUGGUUUGAUGGACCAUGGUCAGAGUGUUCUGCUACUUGUGGGGAAGGUGUGCGUCGUAGAGAUGUUGUCUGUAUGAAAAAGGUGGGAGAACGUUUGUUUGCGCCGGUGAAGCCAGUGAAUUGCGAUAUUUCGGACAAACCAGUGACAGAAGAGUCUUGUGGACCACUGCCCGAGUGUCCCUCUGAAUGGUUUGUCACCCAGUGGUCACAGUGUUCUAAAAGCUGUGACACUGGAACAAGAACAAGGGAAAUUAAAUGCUUGGAUCCAAAGCUUCAGCCAAACUCUGCUUGUCCUGUUACUUCACGGCCAUCGCGACGCUCUGCCUGUAAUAAACAGUCAUGUGAACUACCACAGCUAGAUGAAGAUCCCACUUGUACAGACACAAUAAAGAUAUGUAACCUGGUAGCCCAGGCCAGGCUCUGCACCUAUCCUUUCUACAGUGAAAAGUGUUGUAACACCUGCACCAGGUAUCGCCACAAAGGGAGGCAGCACCACACAACCCGAGGCUCCUAGUACCCUCUGAGGACUUAAAGACAUAUUGUUACAUCAUAAUCACUGAGAGACAGGGUGCAUAGGGAUGGGGCAUUGACUGGGGAGACGCUCAUAUAGAGAACGUCUGAUUAGGACAGGCGGGUGCCCAUGGUGUUGGGCUAUGUCAGUUAGGAUCAAUAAAAGAUAUUCAUGUAAAGAGAGAGAGAAGAAGAGAGAACUAACCUAAAGGAAUGUUGAUGUUCAGUAGAUAUUUCAGUUAGGAUCAAUUAAAUAUAUAUUCAUGCAGAGAGAAAGAAAGAGACGGAAGAGAGAGAAUGCUAUCCUAAUGGAUUGUAGAUAGUGGUCAGUUGUUUCAUCAUUCACACUAGUCUUAGGGCAGAGAGACAGAGAAAACAUAGAGAUGGCUGAAAAAUGAUUAAGGACAGAGAAGAGGAGAGGGAAUACCUAGGCGAUAAAUUGUAGAUUGGAAGGACACUUUGGUGGCCAAUGUUGAUCCUACACAAGUUAAUUAUCUGUAUCCUAGCUAACAAUUAAUAUGUCAAAAUGUGUGUUUAUAUAAUUGUAUGAGAGGAUGACAUAUCAGGUUUGGUCUGAUCGUUUCUGCUUUACUUUAUAGAUUUAUCCAAUUCUAUGAGCUUGUUAUGCCAAUAUGCACACAUCUAGAGUGGAAUUCAAAGAUUGGUGCCUUCUCUGUUGUGGGCUAUGAAGCACAGAGAAAAGGACAAAUCAUUGUUAUUGUGAUGAAGACAUCUGUGAGGUUUUUUUCUUACACUUUCAUUGUUGAAGUCAAUGGUCAGUUGACAUAAGACGAUUGGCUUUCCUGUUUGUGCUAAGACAGACUAUCUGUCUGGUGUGUUUACAAGGCAAGAAAUCUCCAAGGUACAGAUAAACUGUGUAUUAGCCAACUACCUGAAGGCCUUGCAGCAGUAUCAGAAGUCCCUCUGUCAAACAACAUAGGAAUGAAUGCAUUAAUGGGAAGAACAGAGGUCAAAGGUAAAAGGCAAAAUGCAGACUAGAUAAUUGGCUUAAAAGGAUAGAGUUCAAAGAUGAAUGCUGCUUUGAGAUAUUGGUAUUAGACAGUCAGUUGUGUCCAAAUGUUCUGUGUGAAUGGUAUUAUUAGUUCUGUAUCCAGUAACAAAUAUGAUAUGAUACUGUUUUACCUCAUUCAAAUCUAUUACCAUCAUACCAAUAUUCUACAUUAUACUCUUUUUUUAAGCUUUGUCCUCACAUCAAUGUUAUUGUACACAUGUUUUACACACAAAUCUUCCUGUGCUAAUAUUGACUACAGAAUAUAAUCCUGUUUACUUAUUACUUAUAAACAAUUUAAACAUGAUUACCCAGUGGUGAUUAUAUAAUUUAAAUCAACUUACCCACUGCUGGAGACAAACAGAAACAUGAUUACCCAGCAGUAAUUGUAUAAAUUUAGCCUGGUUACCUACUGCUGGUGACAAACAACCAGGUUAUUCACUGCUGGUGACAAACAGAUGUAUGAUUACCCAGUGGUAAUUAUAUAAAUUUAGCCAGGUUAUUCACUGCUGGUGAC